AGUAUUUAUUUUAUAGUGUGUUGUGAAAAAGGUGGACAUUAGGCUAAUUGCUUUAGUAGUAUUGACCGAACAAACCAAAAACUCGGCAAGUCUUUCGGUUUGUAUCAACAAUGGCAACACGAUUCGAUAUGAUCCAGCUGUUUGAUUUGCUUAACACAUUAAAUUUGCCAACUAAGAAAUGUUGUAUAUUGGUGAUAAUAUGAAUCAUUUCUUACAUUAUGUUCUCUAUAUAUUAUUAUAAAGAUAUUUAGUAUUUUUCUAUAAAUAUAUAUAUAUAUACUAUGUGCAUGAUUGUACAGUUACAUCCAUACUAUAUAGAGGUAGUGCCAGUUUGAUCUCUUAGAAUAAAUUCAUCUCUUUUAGGUGUUGUAGUUUGACUAUUCACGUGUGUUUUACUAUGAAGAAAUCAAUUAUUUGGUCUGGAAAGAUCGUAUAACUAAAUUGGGUCUAACUUGUAAGUGUAACAAAUAAGGAGAUGAUUUAAGAUUUCAAAAGUAUUAUAAACGAGUCAUUCCUUCCCCCUGAAGUUCCGCAGCACCUCACAUGUAUUCAGUUUAACUUCAUUCUAAUUAAUCAUUUUAUGUAUUUGCUUUAUGAAUUGAAUUAUAGACAUUACUAUUUGUUUUAAUUUGUUUAUUUCCAAGAGAAUUUUGAAACUUAUAUUCUCCCAAUAAUGAUAUUUUCCUAUUAUGCUUUGUCGACAUGCAUGUGAUAUGUACGAAUGUUUUCUAUAGUGAAAGACAUUAUUGGCGUCUAAAUUCAAAAAAUGUAAGAAAACCUUGAGGUCUAAUUGUCAGAAGUAUAAUUGAGUAUAUUGAAUUUAAAAUUAGGGUGUAUAUCUUGUGAGAUAUCUUGUAAAAAUAUAUGAUCAAGAAAACAAUGUAAUGAAAUUAAGGUACCACCAUGGCUAUGCCAGCCCUAGCUCUUUUAAUCGAGUUAUGCCAGCCCUAGCUCUUUUAAUCGAGUUAUGCCAGCCCUAUUUGCACAUGUCUCUGUGUGUGUGCAACAGCUUGGAUAUGUAUAUGUGGUAAUAAAACAAUGGUUAAAACCAUGUAAAUUUUUUAACUUCCUUAAACACUUUAGUCGAGAAAAAAAAACUGCCUUAAACUCUGUUUUUUGAAAAACUCGCUCUAAAAGUUAGUAUGAACGUAGGUUCUACUCUAGACUCAUAAAAUAACCCACCAUCCUAUUUCGAUAUUUGAACCAUAUCAUAUACUAAUAUUCAUAUAUUUUGGUCAAUGUACGACUCGACAAUCUGUUGCACUCCAUUGGAUCUUACGGUAACUCAUUCAGAAGAGCAUCUACAAAAAAACGAAAAAGUCCAUAAUAUGAUCAAAAUAAAAUGAUACAUACGUGCCAAUAUACUUUCAUAAAGUUAUGUAUAAUUUUCCCUCGGUCUAAUAAUUCCUAAACAAGGCAACAUGCAUUACAUUAUUCAUUAGUUUCUCUCUCUCCUAUGCAUGCAUACUUUAAAUAGGACAAGCUCUAUAACUAUUAGACAUCAAGGGAAGAAAUAAAAACUCAAAAACUAAAACAAUGCAAACACAACACUUCUCUUCAUCUCUCUUGUUCCUGACUCUUCUCUGCCUGUCAUGGGCUUCUCUAAUCUCUUCAACGCAGCCCCCGACACAGACACCUUUGCAGCCACCCACACAGCCACCAACACAGCCUCCAUCAAAACCACCGUCACAGCCUCCACCGCGGCCUACAUCGCAGCCACCGUCACAGCCUCCAUCGCAGCCUACAUCACAACCACCGUCACAGCCUCCAUCGCAGCCACCUUCAAAGCCUCCAACGCAGCCACCUUCAAAGCCUCCAACGCAGUCGUCACAACAAGCCAACGUUGCUUGUAAAUCAACUCCUUACCCUAAACUCUGCCGCACAAUCCUCUCCGCCUUCAAAUCCUCACCGUCUGAUCCAUACCGUUACGGAAAGUUCACACUCAAGCAAUGCCUCAAACAAGCGCGUCGCCUUUCUAAAGUCAUCAACCGCUUUGCACAGCGCGUGGAGAAAGACCCCAAAGCGUCCACACCUGAAGAGGUCAGUGCAGUUGCUGACUGCGGCGACCUGGCGGCGCUUAGCGUUGAAUACCUUGAAGCGGUUACGGAUGAGCUAAAAUCAGCGGAGCUGAUGACGGAGGCGCUCGUUGAUCGUGUGUCGAGUCUUCUCGGUGGCGUUGUGACGAACCAGCAGACGUGCCUCGACGGUCUUGAGGAUGCUAAUAGCGCGUUUGCGACGGUUCUUGGAUCGCCAUUGGGGAAUGUCACGCAGCUCUACAGUGUAUCGUUGGGGCUUGUGAGUAACGCGCUUAGCCGUAAUCUGAAGCGGUAUAAAGGAUCCAAGGGGAAGAUCUUUGGUGGUGGUAACAAAGCUAUUCGUGAACCGCUUGAAACUUUGAUUAAGGUGUUACGCAAAACAUGCGACAAGAGCAAGGAGUGUAGGCAUGAUAGGAGUUUAGGUGAGCUAGGGGAAACGAGCGGUGGCUCGAUCCUCGUAAGAGAAGCAGUGAUCGUCGGUCCAUACGAAAACGAUAACUUUACCACCAUAACUGAAGCCGUCGCUGCAGCACCUAACAAAACAUUACCGGAAGAUGGCUACUUCGUCAUCUAUGCAAGGGAAGGUCUUUACGAAGAAUAUAUUGUCAUCUCAAAUAAAAAGAGAAACAUAAUGCUUAUCGGAGAUGGAAUCAAUAAAACCAUCAUUACUGGAAACCACAGUUUUAUUGAUGGCUGGACUACUUAUAAUUCUUCAAGCUUUGCGGUGGUCGGAGACCGGUUUGUUGCAGUUGAUGUGACAUUCCGAAACACAGCUGGACCGGAGAAGCACCAGGCUGUGGCCGUGAGAAAUAAUGCGGAUGGAUCAACAUUUUAUCGGUGUAGUUUCGAAGGCUAUCAAGAUACUCUCUACGUCCAUUCUUUGAGACAGUUUUACCGUGAAUGUGACAUAUACGGUACCGUAGAUUUUAUUUUCGGAAAUGCAGCUGCAGUAUUUCAAAACUGUAAUAUAUAUGCUCGAAAACCGAUGGUAAACCAGAAAAAUGCAGUGACAGCCCAUGGAAGAACCGACCCAAACCAAAAAACUGGAAUCUCCAUAAUCAAUUGUACAAUUGGAGCUGCCCCGGACCUCGCUGCUGACCCCAACCCGGCCAUGACAUUCCUUGGACGGCCAUGGAAGCCUUACUCGAGGACUGUGUAUAUCCAAUCAUACAUCAGUGAUGCUAUUCAACCAGUGGGAUGGCUAGAAUGGAAUGGUACAACCGGGCUAGAUACGAUCUCAUAUGGUGAAUAUGACAACUUUGGACCGGGAGCUAACACAAGCAAGAGGGUCCAGUGGGUAGGGUAUAGCCUAUUGAACUUGGCACAAGCCAUGAACUUCACCGUGUAUAAUUUCACUUUGGGAGACACUUGGUUGCCUCAGACUGAUAUUCCCUUUUACGGCGGGUUGCUUCACACGGAAUGAAAAAUGUACUACCAUAUUUUAAACAUAAUUGAUGCCGCCCCAUUUUAUAAAUGAAAUUAAAAUUUUAUUCAUUUUUUCUGUUCGAAA